GAUUUUCUGGAGACCGUUCCUGACUGUUCACGCUGGAGCUGUGGUGGGAUGACCUGAAGGACAAGGAAUUCAGUGCAGAUGAAGAAAGAGCUGGGAGGCGUACAUGUGAAAGAGAGAAAGAGAGAGAGUGUUCCCAGCAUAGAGGAGAUGAGGUAAGUGUGGAAUAUAGCAACAGCACACCAGCAAGGCUGGGAAAGAAUACAGCAAUGAGUAUGUGAGGAGAAAGAUGUAUUACAGGAAGGACUUCGAAGAAGCCAAUCAAAGGGAUCUGGAGGAAGUGCAUGAUAAAGAGCUACAGCAUUUUAUGAAAGUGUUUCCUGACCAGAAAACACGGAUCAGUACCUGCAUCGAGGAAAUAGGAGAGAUCGCCGAUGAUAUUGACAAGUGUCAAGAUAGAAGCAACACUGCCAAAGUCGUGGGGUCUGCUGUGAAAAUAGUUGGAGGGAUUCUUGCAGUCGGAGGAGCACUCGCUGCUCCUUUUACCCUGGGGGCAUCGUUGGGACUCACGGCUGCGGGGGCUGGGAUGGUCAUCGCUGGCAAUGUCACUAACUUCACAGCUCGUGUCGGAUCGUCCUUCAAAAGAAAAAAUAAGAAAAGACAACUUGAUGAGAUUGUGAAGGAGUGUAGCUCAGCCCUUACAGAAAUAGAUAAUUGUUUCCAGGUGAGCCGCAGCAUGGAGUCAAACAUGAAACACGGGAAGACAAGGAAGAGGAUCAAGAAGCUGAUCACAAAAGGUAUUCAAUUUGCUGCCAAGUCCACUUUGUCAUGCUUGCCCCUGCUGGGAGAAGUCACCUCGCUGAUCAGAAAUGUGGUUAAGUACAAAAUAGAAAAGAAGAAAGCUGCAAAAAUGAUCCGAGAGAAAGCUGAUCUCAUGAAGGUUACAUUAGAUAAGCUGGACGAGGAGUACAAUACAAGAUUGUGACGCAAACAGCAGGAGGCAAAACGCCAUGCAUCACUGAGGUGCAGCCCUGAGAGUGAGGUUGUGAUUGAUGUCAGAAUCAAAUUAAAUAUUGAACGUUGUUCCAUUCCCUGCUUGAUCCCCUCUGGUCUGAUUUCUACCCUGCCCAAGUACAGAGACAUUGCUUGUCAAAGUCACAAUUACAUCUUCUCUCCCUCUGCCUCCGUAUCCUCCAUUAUAGUUUUCCCUGCUUUGAGUGCCAAUCAUCCCAUCCUUUCCCUGCUUCACUGGCUCUCCUGCCCCAGAGGAUAGAGUUCAAGAUCCUUGUCCUCACCUUUAAAGCCAUGUGCGGUAUUGCUCCUCCCUACCAUUACAACCUAUUAAAUUUUCACCAACCUGUCCAC